AUCAUGCCCCGCACGCCACCGCGUCCUCUCUCGCUCUCCACCGGUUUGCACGGGGGGGAAAUCCUCCUCAGAGUUGCGUCAUAAAUACGUCAAUAAACUCUCAUUCACUGACGACCAGGCACCACGAUAGCCGCCAUAUUCGCAUCCAUGGCAGGGUAGCGGUGCUCUCUGCGAGCGUACGGUCCAAGUCACCGACAAACCCAAACCCCCCGCACACACCGACAAACCCCAAACCCGCACACACACCGGGCCCCGCACCGCACCGCACCGCAGCUCGGCCAUCGGAGGAGGAGGGGACCAUGCAGCGUGGAGCGGGGCUGUAGGUCGACUACGAUGCCUUAAAGAGUCGGAGAGAGGAAAUCCUGGCACAAGAUGGACGAAAACAGCGUUUGUGGUGAAGUCAACGGACAUGAGAUCAUGGACGAGCCCAUGGAGGAGGGAGAGUCUUUCUCACACUGUGAUGAAGGGACAUAUGAGGAGAUUCCUAUCACCCACCAUGUGAAGGAGGGCUGCGAGAAAGCUGAUCCAUCUCAGUUUGAACUGCUCAAAGUCCUCGGCCAGGGCUCUUUUGGCAAGGUGUUUCUUGUCAGGAAGAUCUUGGGUCCAGAUGCUGGUCAGUUAUAUGCAAUGAAAGUUCUAAAAAAGGCAUCUUUGAAAGUCAGGGACAGAGUUCGCACUAAGAUGGAAAGAGACAUUUUAGUGGAAGUCAAUCAUCCCUUCAUAGUGAAAUUGCACUACGCCUUUCAGACAGAAGGGAAACUGUAUUUAAUACUGGACUUUCUCAGGGGAGGGGAUGUAUUCACUCGCUUAUCCAAAGAGGUUAUGUUUACAGAGGAAGAUGUGAAAUUCUACCUUGCAGAGCUGGCCCUGGCCCUCGACCACCUGCACAGCCUGGGCAUAGUUUACAGAGAUCUCAAGCCAGAGAACAUCUUACUUGAUGAAGCUGGACACAUAAAGUUAACAGACUUUGGCUUGAGUAAAGAGUCAGUAGAUGCUGAUAAGAAGGCUUAUUCCUUCUGUGGUACGGUGGAGUAUAUGGCCCCUGAGGUGGUCAACCGGAGAGGACACACGCAGAGCGCAGACUGGUGGUCUCUGGGAGUGCUUAUGUUUGAGAUGCUAACGGGGACGUUACCAUUCCAAGGGAAAGACCGCAAUGAGACCAUGAACAUGAUUCUCAAAGCUAAGCUGGGAAUGCCCCAGUUCCUAAGUUUGGAAGCCCAGAGUUUGCUGAGAAUGCUGUUUAAACGUAACCCUGCUAACAGGCUAGGGGCCGGGCCCGACGGAGUGGAGGAGAUCAAACGCCACGCUUUCUUUUCCACCAUCGACUGGAAUACACUGUACAGGAGAGAGCUCCAGCCCCCGUUCAAGCCUGCAGCAGGUAAACCAGAUGACACGUUCUGCUUCGACCCAGAGUUCACCGCUAAAACGCCUAAAGACUCCCCAGGUAUCCCUCCCAGUGCUAACGCCCACCAGCUCUUCAAAGGCUUCAGCUUUGUGGCUCCAACCCCGAUGGAUGAGAACAAGAGCUCCCCGCUGCUCAGCAUACUCCCCAUAGUUCAGAUGCACGGGGGCUCCACCAAGUUCUGCGAUCUUUACGAGCUGCAGGAGGACAUCGGGGUCGGCUCCUACUCCAUUUGUAAACGCUGUGUACACCGAGUCUCUGCCACGGACUAUGCUGUGAAGAUUAUAGACAAAAGUAAGAGGGACCCCUCCGAAGAGAUUGAAAUCCUGAUGCGAUACGGACAGCAUCCCAACAUCAUCACUCUGAAAGACGUGUAUGAUGAGGGCAGGUAUGUCUACGUGGUGACGGAGCUGAUGAAGGGAGGGGAGCUGCUGGACAAGAUCCUCAGGCAGAAGUUUUUCUCUGAGAGAGAGGCCAGUGCUGUGCUCUACACCAUCACCAAGACUGUUGACUACCUCCACUGCCAAGGGGUGGUGCACCGAGACCUGAAGCCCAGUAACAUCCUGUACAUGGAUGACUCGGGGAACCCCGACUCCAUCAGGAUCUGUGACUUUGGAUUCGCCAAGCAGCUUCGGGGAGGCAACGGCCUGCUCCUCACCCCCUGUUACACCGCCAACUUUGUGGCGCCAGAGGUACUAAUGCGGCAAGGUUAUGAUGCAGCCUGUGAUAUAUGGAGUCUUGGAGUUCUGCUGUAUACCAUGUUGGCAGGGUACACGCCGUUUGCUAACGGGCCAAACGACACACCAGAGGAGAUUCUACUCCGGAUAGGAUCCGGAAAGUUCUCUUUGACCGGUGGCAACUGGGACACGGUAUCAGACACCUCAAAGGACCUGCUGUCACAUAUGCUCCAUGUGGACCCUCACCAGCGAUACACAGCAGAGCAGGUCCUGAAGCAUUCCUGGAUCACCUGCAGAGAUACGCUACCACACUUCCAGCUCACACGGCAUGACGCACCACAUGUUUUCCAGGGAGCCAUGGCUGCAACCUACUCAGCACUGAGCCAGAAGACCAGCCAGCCGGUGUUGGAGCCCGUGGCGGCGUCCAGUCUAGCCCAGAGACGCAGCAUGAAGAAACUCACCUCAACCGACAUGUAGACACACACACACACACACACACACACACACACACACACACACACACACACCCACCCACCCUCCAGUUUUGACCUCACUCUCAGUUGGACUGUCAAACACAAACACACACACAGACCGAAGUCCUGGCCAGUCAGACCUCCUGUCUCCCUUUCUUUUUUAAAUCUAUUUAUUUGGCACACCCGACAUGUGCACACACACACACACACACACACACACACACACACACACACACACACACACACACACACACAUAUGCACAUUCACACUGGACGAGGUUGCAUUGUGAAGAAGUCAGCUGAAGAGGAAGAGGGGAGACUCACAUAUCUGUUACUGCUGGGGAGACAGACUUGUAUUUAUUUCCACAGCUUUCAUAUGCACUUGCCCUCCUCGCCUUCUCAUUCUCCCUUCCUCGUGUGGGGAAGAAAUGCACCAGCUGAUGUUCUCCUUCACUGUGAUUGGCUGAUUCAGAGCUGCUUUUGGUAAACUGUGCCCCCCACUCCCCCACUCUGCUCUUCAUCUGCGCUCUGCUGUACUCCUCCUCCUCAGUUCUCUCUCCUUCCCUCGUUGUCUGUCGCUGUCUUAACGUCUUUUCUUCAAAAUGCAGUAAUGAUUUGUGUGUGAGAGUGCUGGCAGGACGGUUAUGACCGAGGGACAUUGCAAGACUGUUUCCUCUCUUCAAAAAUAAAAAUAGAUAUGAUGCUGCUUGUGGCGGAUCAGAAAGUCCCCUCUGUGUCAAAAUCAUCUGCCAGCACUUUUGUUACAUGAAUGCAUGUGUGGACGGAGCCUGUAUUUUUUUUUUUUUACCUUCAAAUUCGCCGUCUGACUCCUGUUACUUUGUGAUGCUAGCAGUGUAUCAAAAGAGGAACAAAUUUGCUGCAGAUGGACAAAAGUUAAGAGUAGAGUUUGAAGGUGGAACGGUGUUGUAACAAUGAUAGAAAUUCUAGUUUGCAAAGAAAUAUAUAUGAAUAUAUAUAUAAUGAAGAUGAUGAAGAUGAAGAGCAUGUGGGGGAGCUGUAGGGAUUUCUCUGGGGGGGACAGGACGCACCCCGUCGAACCAGAGAGGCUGAAUUAUGAAAAAAAAAUAAAAAAUAUUCCAUGGAUAUCUCUUCAAAAAGACAUUGUGGAAAUUGUAUGAUAUUGUAUUUAUUUCAUUUGAUUUUUAAGAUUCUAUUUUUCUUUCAAGUUCUGUAUAUAUUGACAUUAAAGAUCAUUAUUGA